GGUUGUGUAAAGUUCACUUUGUACUUCAUGAAGACUGAGCAUUGUGCGUUUAGUUUUUAGCAGAGCCAUGGGAUCAAACUCCCCUUUCCUGUUGGCUGAAGUGACUCUUCUGUCGGCCCUGCAAAUGGGUUACCUGGCCCGGCGGGUUGGCUUGUCCAGGAUGGCCCAUAAAGUCCUGCCUCCUGCUGUGACUGGACCUCCAGAGUUUGAGAGGACUUUCAGAGCACAUCAGAACUGUGUGGAGUUUUACCCUCUCUUCUUGGUCACUCUGUGGACCUGUGGCAUGUUCUUCAAUGAGGCGACGGCAGCUGCAGCAGGUCUGGUCUACAUGAUCGGUCGACAGAUUUAUUUCAACGGAUAUGUCAAUUCCAGCAAGAAAAGGCUACCUGGAUUUUUUCUGAGCCUGGCCGUCCUCGGCACUCUGUCCCUGCUGGCUUUUCUUGGAAUAAUGCGAGGAAUAUUACACAAAUACUUUCACAUCCAUCUCGACUGAAUAACACAGAACACAUUUCAGCAGCGGGGGUCAUUAGAGAAAACAAGGUUGUGAACAGGAUACUCCUCUGCAACUUUUUGAAUGAUGUUGAAUAAGUGUUUUGUAUUGAAAUGAGGGCUGUCAAACCAGUGAUUUUUAAAUCGUGAUUAAUCACUGAAUUUCUAUAGUUAAUCACAAGUUUCCCUUUAAAAGUAGAGACAGUAGGGGUCCUCAGGUCAGCAGGAAGUUUGUUCCAGAGAGAGGGACCAUAGUAACUAAAGGCCUCCUCUCUGGAUUUGAUUGAAGUACAGCUAAAAGACCUCCAUCUGAUGAUCUGAGUGGCCAGGUAGCAAGGGGCGUGUCUGCAGGGUUUGGCCAGGGGUUGCACAGCCCCCUCUUUAAAUCUGGCUGUCCCCCCCAGGUGCCACCCCAAAAUCCAAAUCUUUGAUUGGCUAUUUGCCUCAUCAGAGAGAGCGGGACUUAAGUUAAAAUAAUAAAAUAGUAAUUUUAGAUCACUCAACUUUUUCAUUUGGUUAUGGAAGGCAUCUCGUGACCCCCCUCUCAGUGUCUCACGAGCCCCCAUGGGGUCCCAAUCCCCACUUUAAGAACAGUAGAGUCUGGAGAAGAUGGCUUGGUAGAAAUUAACUGUAUGACGGUAAAUAAGAUUUGAAGUCAGGCAUAUCUUAAUACCAUAGCCCAGGGAUUCCCAAAGUGGGGGUUGCGAGAUGCCUCUAAAAAAACAAAUACAAAUGUAAAAUUGUAUAUUUUACAUAGCCUAUUGCCUUCUCAUUGUUAACGUCUAUACAUAGAAAUGACUUGUAUUCUGCUUCGAGUCUUUGUUGCGAUAAAAUACUCUAAAAUAAAUCCUUUUAUGUUUUCUA